CCACGAAAUCACGUACUCGGAGAUACAGCCAGAAGCGAGUCGAGAACCAUAGAGUUCUUCUGCAAAGUUGUCGCACCGACUCUGUCUGGACCUAUCGACCCCUACUUUUGGACUCAUAUUGUCCUCCAGUUCUCAGAGGUCGAACCUGCUGUUAGGCACUCUGUCAUGACUAUUAGUUCUCUAUUUGAGAAUCGCCGAAACCCCGAUAAAUCCUCGGCACUCGCUAUACAGAGAAACGUUGUUGCUCUGAAGCAUUACAACGCAGCUAUUCGCGAACUCCAAAGCCCCAAGAGCCCGGAUCUGAUAUUGACCUUGUUAACAUGCCUCCUCUUUGUCUGCAUCGAGGUUCUGCACUCCAACAGCGAUGUCGCUAUUCGACAUUGCUAUCAUGGAAUCAACCUACUCGGCACUUCAGAUCCACCGGAGUGGGCCACACGCUUCCUUAUGCCCGUAUUCCGAAGACUCAGUCUCUUGCCCUUUUACUUUGGAGAUUCGCAACCUUUGGCCAAUUGCCCUGCUUUGACGCAGCCGAGUCCGACAAUCACUUCGUCUUUUUCAUCCCAUUUCGAAGCGCAGGUUUCAAUCGACGCCAUUUACAAUCUGACCAUACAGUUAUUUCGACAAACCGGGGAGUUCCGAUUGGGAAAGAUGAGAUAUCAACCAGGCCCACCAGAAAUACUUGCCGAACAAAACAAGAUUCAUCAAUAUCUAGCCCAAUGGAAGUCGGCAUUCGAAAGAUUCGAAUCUGAAACUUCGGUCGACAUCAGUUCAGCGAUUAAAAUCUCGCGAAUAUGGCCAUUCCAGCUGUUCCACGUCUGCACCGUCCUGUCGACUGUGAUCUUUACAACGGAGGAAACGGAUUACGACGACUUCAUUCCUAAUUUCAAAGGAAUGGUCAAAGGUGCUGCCGAAAUCGCGGGAUUGAGAACCCGACCAAUGAGGUCCGAGUUCCAUUUCGAAAUGGGCUUUGCGCCGUUCCUUUUCUUUGUGGCCAUAAAAUGUCGAGAUUUUGAAACAAGAAUGGCGGGUCUUCGGUUGAUGAGCGUGCUCUGCGCAGCCCAAGAGAGUCUUUGGAAUAGCCAUACGUUGCAAGUUGUUGCACAGCGGAUUAUUGAUCUCGAGCAUGGUGUCACGGCUGGAGAACACUCAGCGCAGUAUAAUUCCUUGCCUGCCGACGAUGUUAGAGUUCGACAUUUUGUCGUUGGCCCAGUAAAGUCUGGACCCGACGGCUUGAUUGGUAGAGAAAUAUCCUUCUAUAUGCCAACGAAAGAUGGCAUAAACAUUAAGCGUGAAAUCUUCUCCAUGAAGAGGUUGAAUGAACCUCUAGAACUCGAAGGCUCCCCGGGAGUUUUCACUGUCGACCUCACUACAGAAACGUUACCGAUGAGAUAA